AAGCCGAUCGAUUUCCUUAUCAAGAAUGCUGAGGCGCCACCCUGCUUCUAGGGUUUACUUCUUCUUGUUUCUAACGCUACAGAUUUUACUAUUAUUAUCAUCAUGCAUUCGAGUUACUUGUCAGUCCAGUGCGAGUGAUGCCGAUGUAAUGCAGGACCUGAAAACCAGCCUCGGCUUGUCAGGAUCGCUUACAUGGACCGACUCAGACCCAUGCAAAUGGGCUCUAGUCAGUUGUUCCAAUGAUAAACGAGUUAUCAGCAUCCAAAUUGGUAAACGAGAACUCAAAGGCUCUCUCCCUUCCAGUCUUUCUAAACUCACCGCAUUGCAGCGAUUCGAAGUCAGGGACAACGAGCUCACCGGUCCUCUACCGAGUCUCGCCGGACUUUCAUCGCUUCAGAAUCUUUUACUCAACAACAACAAUUUCUCCUCCAUUCCGUCAGACUUCUUCUCUGGAAUGUCUUCGCUACAAUUUGUAUACCUCGACUAUAAUCCCUUCUCUGCGUGGCAAAUUCCAGAAAGCCUCAGCGUUGCUUCAUCUUUAAAGCUUUUCUCUGCAAUCUCUGCAAACAUUGUAGGAAAUAUUCCCGAUUUUUUUGGCGGAGUCACAUUCCCGGUCCUCACGGACCUUCGGUUGUCCUUCAACAGUCUAUCCGGCGAACUACCAAGAAAUUUCUCCCAUUCUUACAUUCAGAACCUGUGGUUGAAUAGUCAACGAGGAAGUUCUCCACUAAAUGGCUCCCUCUCUGUGCUGCAGAACAUGACUCAACUGACUCAGGUUUGGUUGCAUGGUAAUUCAUUCUCAGGUCCAUUGCCAGAUUUUUCUCAGUUAAAUAGUUUGCAGGAUCUCAGUCUUAGGGACAAUAGAUUAACAGGUCUGGUUCCUGAUUCUCUGGUAAAUCUUCAAUCGCUCAAGGUUGUGAACUUGACCAAUAAUAUGUUACAAGGUCCAAGGCCAAUGUUCAAUCCCAAAGUUGCUCUUGAUUUGGUAAAGAACACCAAUAGUUUCUGUUUGGAUGAUCUUGAAUCUUCUUGCGAUCCAAUUGUAGAUACAUUGCUUUCAAUUGCAAAAUCUGUAGGCUAUCCAGUUGUAUUUGCGUCGAGCUGGAAGGGAAAUGAUCCUUGUAAGUCCUGGGCAGGACUUACAUGCUUAAAUGUUAAUAUCACCGUCGUCAAUUUUCAGAAAAUGGGUCUUAUUGGUACCAUAUCUUCAAAUUUCUCAUUGAUUCAUUCCUUGCAGAGAUUGAUUCUUUCCAAUAAUAAUCUCAGCGGUACCAUUCCAGUUGAGCUCGCUACUUUGCCUAACCUAAAAUACUUGGAUCUUUCCAACAAUAACUUGCAUGGCCUUGUUCCACCUUUUAGAAGCAACGUUGUUGUUAAACGGGAUGGUAAUCCUGAUAUAGGGAAUGAUGCAAGUCCUACCCCAAGUGGGAAACCACCCUCCAGUAGUGAUGCAACAAGCAAGACUUCUUUGGUCUGGUUAGUUGUCGGAUUAGUAAUUGCUGUUUUAUUAUUGAUUGUUGCUGGAGUGUUCUGUGUAUACAAGUCUAAACAGAAACGGUCCAAUAGAGUUCAGAGUCCAAAUGAUAAUGGUAUGGAGAUUACUCUCGCGAACAGUGGACCGAGUAAGAUUCACAUUGACAUUGGAACCAUGUCAAUUGGCGAAUUAAGAAGAAUGACAAACAAUUUCAGCCAGGAAAAUAUACUAGGGAGAGGUGGGUUUGGAACUGUUUACAAAGGGGUACUUAAUGAUGGGACAAAUAUUGCAGUCAAAAGGAUGGAAUCUGGAGUUAUGGGGGAGAAGGGGUUCGACGAGUUCAAAUCUGAGAUUGCUGUUCUUACCAAGGUCAGGCACAGACACUUGGUUAGUCUUCUAGGAUAUUGUUUGGAAGGAAAUGAGAGGCUGCUUGUUUACGAAUACAUGGAUAAGGGGCCCCUUAGCAAGUACCUUUUCAACUGGAAAGAGGAAGGGGUGGAACCUCUUGGGUGGUCAAGACGACUGAUCAUUGCUCUCGAUGUGGCCAGAGGCGUUGAAUAUCUGCACGGCCUAGCUCGACAGAGCUUCAUUCAUAGAGAUCUUAAACCGUCAAACAUUCUCUUAGGGGUUGAUAUGAGAGCCAAAGUUUCUGAUUUUGGCCUUGUUCGAAAUGCUCCAGAUAAAAUGGCUUCUCUUGCUACUAAACUCGCUGGAACUUUUGGAUACCUUGCACCAGAAUAUGCAGCAACUGGAAGAAUAACAACGAAAGUAGAUGUAUACAGCUUUGGAGUGAUUCUGAUGGAACUUAUAAUGGGGCAGAUGGCAUUGGACAAUACAAGGCAUGAGGCACAACUAGUCCACUGGUUUGAUAAACUGUUAGCAAACAAGGACACCUUCGUGAAGGCUAUAGACCCAACAAUUGAUCUUAACCAGGAUGAUGAGACACUUUCCAACAUCAGCAUUGUGGCCGAGCUAGCAGGGCACUGCUCUUCAAGGGAUCCCUACCGAAGGCCAGAAAUGAGUCACGUAGUCAAUGUGCUUUCGUCUCUUGCAGAGCAGUGGAAACCAACAAUAAAUAAUGAUCAAAACGACAAUUUUGGUAUCAAUUUUGGUGGCAGGUCAUUGUCUGAGGAAUUAUUGAAUUGGCAAGCGUAUGAAGGAAUGCCGAGCGCUGAGCUUUCGCGACUCCUUCAUGGUUAUGAUAAUACCCAAACCAACAUAAUACAUACUAGAGCAGCAUCAUCAUCAUCUGGGCUUUGAGAUUUUGACAUUAUUAAGAGCUAUUGUUGCACCAGAUUAGUAGUU